AUGUUCGCGAGCGCCAGCAUCUAUCUAUCUAUCUAUCUAUCUAUCUAUCCUAGUCUGUUCUUUCUUUCUUUCUUUCUUUCUUUCUUUCUUUCUUUCUUUCUUUCUUUUAUCUAUCUAUCUAUCUAUCUAUCUAUCUAUCUAUCUAUCUAUCUAUCUAUCUAUCUAUCUAUCAAUGGAUCGUAUGUACAAAUUUUCGCGAAAUUCUGUCUCUUGUCCAAAACUACGCAACAUGAAACGGUUCACGAGUUACUGAAAAAAAAAGUUGUUUCUCCAUGCGACAUUUCCCAGCUUAAUAACAACACUCACUCACUCACUAUCAUAUCUAUCCCAGUCCGUUUUGAAUUAUCUAUCUAUCUAUCUAUCUAUCUAUCUAUCUAUCUAUCUAUCUAUCUAUCUAUCUAUCUAUGUUUUAUAUUUAGUUAUAUUCGUAAUUUUGCACCUCUCUAUUUCAUUCUACUCAUAUUUUGCGUGACAAUUUUCUUUCUUUUUAUCUAUAACUGGUGUUAUUGUCGUACCAUCAUUUCGGAACAUAUUUGUGACGACAAAAUUAUUAGUACAUUAUAUAAAUAA